AGGAGCGGCGGUGGUUGUGGCUGUCGCGGGGCUGCGAGCUGUGAGCCGGCUCCGGGCUCCGGGUAAGCGAAGCGACGUGUAGUGCUGAACUCACCGCUCGCCACGGAGCCAUGGAAAUCGGCACCGAGAUAAGCCGCAAGAUCCGGAGUGCCAUUAAGGGGAAAUUGCAAGAAUUAGGAGCUUAUGUUGAUGAAGAACUUCCUGAUUACAUUAUGGUGAUGGUGGCCAACAAGAAAAGUCAGGACCAAAUGACAGAGGACCUGUCCCUGUUUCUAGGGAACAACACAAUUCGAUUCACCGUAUGGCUUCAUGGUGUAUUAGAUAAACUUCGCUCCGUUACAACUGACCCUUCUAGUCUAAAGUCUUCUGAUACCAACAUUUUUGAUAGUAACGUGCCUUCCAACAAGAGCAGUUUCAGUCGGGGAGAUGAGAGAAGGCACGAAGCUGCAGUGCUACCCCUUGCAGUUUCUAGCACUAGACCUGAAAAAAGAGAUUCCAGAGUUUCUGCAAGUUCACAGGAGCAGAAAACCACUAAUGUCAGACAGACUUAUGACGAUGGAGCUGCAACCCGAUUAAUGUCAACAGUGAAACCUCUGAGGGAGCCAGCACCCUCUGAAGAUGUGAUUGAUAUUAAGCCAGAACCAGAUGAUCUCAUUGAUGAAGACCUCAAUUUUGUUCAGGAGAAUCCCUUAUCUCAGAAAAAACCUACAGUGACACUUACAUAUGGUUCUUCUCGCCCUUCUAUUGAAAUUUAUCGACCACCUGCAAGUCGAACUGCAGAUACUGGGGUACAUUUAAACAGGUUGCAAUUUCAACAGCAGCAAAACAGUAUUCAUGCUGGCAAGCAACUUGACGUACAGAACAGCCGAAUAUAUGAAGCAGGACGUUUGUGUGAACCCGAAGUGCUUAGCAGUUUAGAAGAGACUUACAGCCCCUUCUUCAGGAACAGCUCGGAAAAAAUGAGUAUUGAGGAAGAAAACUUUCGGAAGAGAAAGUUGCCUGUGGUAAGUUCAGUUGUUAAAGUAAAAAAAUUCAAUCAUGAUGGAGAGGAGGAGGAGGAAGAUGAAGACUGUGGGUCCCGUACAGGAAGCAUCUCCAGCAGUGUGUCAGUGCCAGCAAAGCCUGAGAGGAGACCUUCACUUCCACCUUCUAAACAGGCUAACAAGAAUCUGAUUUUGAAGGCUAUAUCAGAAGCUCAAGAAUCUGUAACAAAAACAACUAACUAUUCUACAGUCUCACAGAAACAGACACUUCCAGUUGCUCCCCGAACUCGAACUUCUCAGGAAGAAUUGUUGGCAGAGACGGUACAGGGGCAAAGCAGGACACCUAGAAUAAGUCCCCCUAUUAAAGAAGAGGAAACAAAAGGAGAUAAUAUAGAGAAAAUUCAAGGAACUCAACAGAGGCAGUUGUUAUCCCGACUGCAGAUUGAUCCAGUAAUGGCAGAAACUCUGCAGCUCAGUCAAGAUUACUAUGACAUGGAAUCCAUGGUCCAUGCAGACACAAGAUCAUUUAUUCUGAAGAAGCCAAAGCUGUCUGAGGAAAUAGUAGUGACACCAAACCAAGAGUCGGGGAUGAAGACUGCAGAUACCCUUCGGGUACUUUCAGGACACCUUAUGCAGACACGAGAUCUUGUACAACCAGAUAAACCUGCAAGUCCCAAGUUUAUAGUGACGCUGGAUGGUGUUCCCAGCCCCCCAGGAUACAUGUCAGAUCAAGAGGAGGACAUGUGCUUUGAAGGAAUGAAACCUGUAAACCAAACUGCAGCCUCAAACAAGGGACUCAAAGGUCUCCUCCACCCACAGCAAUUGCAGUUGAUGAGCAGGCAGCUUGAUGACCCAGAUGGUAGCUUUUCAAACGCUGAGAUGAGUGACCUGAGUGGAGCACAAAAACCGGAAAAACUUUUGGAGCGCUGCAAGUACUGGCCUGCCUGUAAAAAUGGGGACGAGUGUGCGUACCAUCAUCCUGUUUCACCUUGCAAAGCUUUCCCCAAUUGUAAAUUUGCUGAAAAAUGUUUGUUUAUUCAUCCAAAUUGUAAAUAUGAUGCAAAAUGUACUAAGCCAGAUUGUCCCUUCACUCAUAUGAGUAGAAGAAUUCCAGUACUGCCUCCAAAACCAGCAGUUACAACACCAGCACCACCUUCUAGUAGUCAGCUCUGCCGUUACUUCCCUGCUUGUAAGAAAAUGGAGUGUCCCUUCUAUCAUCCAAAACACUGUAGAUUUAACACUCAGUGUACCAGGCCUGACUGCACAUUUUAUCAUCCCACCAUCACCGUGCCGCCACGACAUGCCUUGAAAUGGAUUCGGCCUCAAACCAGUGAAUGACACCUAGUCCUACCUGGCAGAAGAUCGUGAAGUUUGAUGCAAGUUUCCAUCCACUGAUGAAAGAGAUUCUCCAGAAUUUGUCAAAUCUUUGAAACUUGGAAUAUAUUGCUUUCAUAAUAUGAAGUUUAUUGCCUAUCUGAAGUGUCUAAUUUUUCAAAUUUGUAAGCUUAUUUAAGUGGUUUUAACAUUGGAUGUUUUUUGGUUUGCUUUGUUUUGACUAUGGAAAGACAGUUUAAGGAAAAGCUAAAUUCUAUUAAAACAUCUGCGGCGUGUUUUGUACACUGCUGUUUCCAGUAUCAGCAUUUACAACGUGGUGAUACCAAUAAGCCAUUGUGGGACUACGGUGUUGCUGUGUGUGCACAGAGAAUAGAGUGAGGGAAGUGUCCUUAUUCCAGAAGUUGAAUGGCUGCUUUCACUUCUUCCAAGGAUUAUAUAAUGUUCAUAAUCCACUAAAAACAGGAGUGGCCAAAAGUGCUGAGGUGGCUUAAAAUAGUUAAUCUUACUUUUUAUUUUUAAGUGAAUUUAAUUUGAAAACUGUGACACAGGCUUCUCAGGUUGUGUGCUGCUUUGGGAAAUAUUCCUUUGCCUUCUGGGUAAGGAUGAGGUGGGUGUGUAGGGUGAAAACAGCAGGAAUGGCAAAAAAAAAAAAUGAACAAGUCCUUAAAAUGCUUUCAUUUACUAUUAACAUACUUUUAAAAUAAAUCUUUGGGAGAACUACAUUAUCACAAAAUUAUACAAAAUUUUUACAAGUCUGUAUACACAUAAGGUAUCAGAACAGAAUUUCAACUCACAAGAUUAUAGCUACCCAUCUACUUCCAUUCUGAAAAACAACAUUCUCAACUCCACAGAAAAUACAGUUUGAAGAUAUUUUUUUAAAUGUAAAAAUUAGAUUUCAAUAGUGUAUUGUAAAUGACAGACUAUAGAAUUACAGAGAUCAGAUGGGUAAAUUGCAAAAUAGGACUAAACUUUUGGGCUACUGAAUUAAAAUACAAAAUUUUGUAUGAUUUUUAAAAUUGUUAAGGCAGAAAAGUGUCAAAUGCUUAGAAUUAACAAACGGAUCACUGAUUUUAAAGACUAUGUAUAGUACUUUUUUAGAAAGUAAAGCUAAAAGUUGGUUAGAAAAAAAGCAAAUUAAUGCAAAAGGGAUAAUAAUGUUCUCAGGACCAAAUUAAGAAAAAAAGUUCAUUGACUUCUUUAGUCACAUACCCAAGAGAUAAUAAAAUCACAUCUGUAAAACUCCAUGUUCAAGAGCUUAAAACCAGCAAGCAGUCUGUUUGGUGGCCACUGCUUUUCCAUUGGGAGAAGACAGAAUUAACCAGUUAUUAAACCAUUUUGUAAGUUGCACGUUGCUGUGCUGAUUCCGAAGUAAAGACUUGAAACAGAGGAAAGACAAAGGAGCACAAAAGCGAUCAUGUAGUUAGGCUUGAAUGAAAUGACAGUUGUUCCACUUCAUUCUAAAAAGUAUAUUCCAUUGACUUUAAGGCAUUUGUUCAUUCCACUGUUAUGUGAGCUGCUUUACAUCUCUGCAGAAAAAAUUUGUUUUAAAUUAUAUAUCCAGAAAUUUAAAUAGACUUUUAGUAUCAUUUAUAAAUGGUAUAUAGUUGCAUUCUUAUAAUUCCACUAUAAAGAACAUAAAUGGGGAAACAGGCUUGAUUGGUUUAGUUUGGCCAUUUUAUAAGGUAAUACUAUGCUAAAAUUGGGUUUUUUUGUGGUGUUUAGUAGACAUUGCCUGGAUUCAUAUUUAAGAGUUUAAUCUUUCAGUUGCUAUGGUUUAUGGGCAAGCUGAGGUUGACUUUAAAACAUUUGUUGGAUAACUUGGUCUAAAAUGAACCACCAUCAAAAAGGAUCACAAAAAAGGAAAGGAAUGAGUGUGGCUAAUGUAAGCAGUAGUGGCACCAGAAUGCAGUGUGCUUCGGCAUGCAUUUAUAUACAGAAACGGGACUAACGUGCCAGGAGAAGUCUCAGGCUACAAAUUCAGGAGCUUAGUCAAAUA